AGUACCAAAAAUAGCACCUCUUAUUCAGCACCCAAAGGACGAAAGUGCGAGAUUCGCCUGUGUUGUCUAUUAUAACUAAUUCUGACUGUCCAUAUUUGUGUAGAAACGUACAGAAUAGUUUUUUUUUUUGUUUGAUGUGAGAAACCUAUUUGGUGUCAAACAUGCGUAAAAACCUACGCCAUCCAAACAGGGAACCGCCGAGAAAGGAAUUAUCGCCGCUCAUCUGAGGCCAAACUCGCUUAUUUUGUUUUGUCAAAUAAGGAAACAAAAUAAUAUAUCACCACGACAAUAUCCACUACGCAGGGACCUAAAAAACAUCUACAUUCGUUUUACAGUUGGAAACCUGUGUGUAGGUAUGGGGGCGUUCCUGGACAAGCCUAAGACAGAGAAGCACACGGCCCAUGGUGAGGGCAAUGGGCUGCACUACGGCCUGAGCUCCAUGCAGGGCUGGCGUGUGGAGAUGGAGGAUGCCCACACCGCCAUGGUGGGCCUGCCCCACGGCCUCACCGACUGGUCCUUCUUCGCCGUCUACGACGGGCAUGCCGGCUCCCGCGUCGCCAACUACUGCUCCGGCCACCUACUGGAGCACAUCCUAUCAGGGGGGGCGGAAUUCACCCCGGGGACGGGCUCAGUGGAGGGCGUUAAGGAUGGGAUCCGCGCGGGCUUCCUGAAGAUCGACGAAUACAUGCGCAGCUUCUCGGACCUGCGGCAGGGGCUGGACCGCAGCGGCUCCACGGCGGUGGGCGUGCUGCUAAGCCCCUCCCACCUCUACUUCAUAAACUGUGGCGACUCCCGGGCUGUGCUGAGCCGAGAUGGACGAGUGGGAUUCUCUACACAGGACCACAAGCCGUGUAACCCCAGAGAGAAGGAGCGUAUCCAGAAUGCAGGGGGGUCAGUGAUGAUCCAGAGGGUCAAUGGUUCCCUGGCCGUGUCCAGAGCCCUGGGGGACUAUGACUACAAGUGUGUGGAUGGGAAGGGUCCCACAGAACAACUGGUCAGCCCAGAGCCAGAGGUGUGUGUGUUAGAGCGUGCUGCAGAGGGGGAUGAGUUUGUGGUGCUGGCGUGCGAUGGGAUCUGGGACGUGAUGUCCAACGAGGAGCUGUGUGAGUUCGUCAGGUCCCGGCUACAAGUGUUUGAUGAUCUGGAAAGAGUCUGCACUGCCGUGGUGGACACCUGUCUGCACAAGGGCAGCAGAGAUAACAUGAGUGUGGUGUUGGUGACUUUACCGGGAGCUCCCAAGGUGUCUGAGGAAGCCCUGAAGAAAGAGGAGGAACUGGACAAAUACCUGGAGACACGUGUAGAGGAUUUGCUGGGUGGCUGUGGAGAGGAGGGGAUUCCUGACCUGGUGUCUGUUCUGAGGAGCAUCUCCUCUGAGAACAUCCCCAACCUUCCGCCUGGAGGAGGCCUGGCCAGCAAGCGCAGUGUGAUCGAGGCGGUGUACAGCAGGCUGAACCCACAAAGAGAAGAGGAAGGGGCCUGUGCUGGAGGUGGAGGAGAGGAGGAGAGUGAGGAGGGAGGAGGCAGCAGUACGGCGACCAACCUCUUGGAGGCGCUGCGUCAGUUCCGCCUGCACCACCGGGGGCAGUAUCGCUCGGUGCUGGAGGAAGCCCUGGCCGUCUACCGUCUGCCUGGGGAGAAUACAGCCGACACGGGGGAGGAAUCCUCCUCCUUUACCGCAGACGAUCUCCCUGACUCCCCCCGGCCCUCACCCCCCUCUCCCCCUCCCUCACCCGUCGUCAUCGAGACGCCCGACCCCCCGGAGGCAGAGAAAAGCAAAGACACGCCCUCUCCAUCAGCGCCGGCAGACAUCGACCAACAACCACCUCCGGCUGUAGACAUCGACCAAUCAGAACCUCCAGCGGUAGACAGUGACCAACCAGAACCUCCAGCGGCAGACCUCGUCCCACUAUAUCCUCCAGCUGCUGACCUUGGCCAACCAGAUCCUCCCCCCUCCUAAUUCACCUCUGAUCUCUGAUGUUGUGGUUGUCCCCUACCCCAAUCCAGCCUAGUCUAGUCCAUGCGUGCUCUCACAGCGUCUAGUCCAUCCGUGCUCUCACAGACGCCAUAAUGGGUAGAUACAAAGAUGAGUCGUCUAAGUCUAUGGACCGAUCAUGUCUGGACCUCUACCUGACAGAGAGAGAAGAUCUACUGGACUGUCCAUAUAAAAACACAAGUUCCCAUAAACCACCUGUACCUGUUUGCA